GUGACAAGUUCUGCUGGAAGAUCAUUACACGCAUCGUGUCCACGUCGAACACGAAGCUGUCUGCCAGCCAGUCUUGGCGCAAGCUUGGCCGAUCCAAGUUCUACUGUGGAUCGGUCCCGGGACGCGCGGGCGAAGGUCCACGUGCCGAGGCCAAAGCGCAGGGAGAGGACAAGACGACGACUCUGUCCACUGGGAGACGGUGGGAGGACUGGCGGACGCUCUCCAAAAGGCAGAGGCAGAGGAGGAGGGAGGGUGUGUACUGGGACAAAGUCUUGGAACAUGCUGAGAAGCAGUUGAGGAGGCAAUGGAUUGUUAGGCGUUGGAAGGAGGCAAGAGACUUCUAUGAGGCCAUUGAGGAGCAUUUGAAGCGGGUAGCAGACAAGAAAGAGUCCAGCGAUGAGCCGGCGCCAGCUUUCCAGGAAGCCCACAAGAAGCGUUCCCUCAAGACGGCCAGUGACACGCAAGCCCCUGUGCGGAUGUCCCAUGUGUGCUUGGUAGAUGCUUUGAGGUCACUGGGUGUCAACGUUCCGUACACAGAGCACGGGCCCUUGCGGGCCUUGCGAGAUGGCAAUCGGCUGCUGCAACCGCAUGGGACGCUGUGGCAGCAUGAGUCAACAUGA